AUGAUGCCAACGAAUCAUCUUCUUAAUGGCGACGAUCAUACCAAGCGACGAAGGGCUCUCCAGGAUGUAUCCAAUAGGUCGUCACUGUCGCGUUUCAGUCGCAGCUAUGUUCCCAAGAAACUGCUUCAAAUACGGAAAGACACUCGACAAUCACAACAAAAAGUUGACAGGAACGAUCCGUUGUGCAAAGAUGACUAUAUUCAUGAGAUGUAUGAACACUUUGCCGCUCGAGAGGCUACAACUUCCGUAAGGCCAUUGUACAUGGAAGAACAAAAGCAAUUGAACGAGUUGAUGAGAGCAAUUUUGGUUGAUUGGGUGGUGGAUGUCCACUUUUCCUACCGACUGAGCUUGGCAACUUUGUACUUGACUAUAAACUUGAUCGAUCGAUAUCUAGAGGCAUCGCCUGAAGUUCCCAGGAAAGACUUCCAACUGGUGGGUACAACAGCUUUAUGGAUUGCUUCCAAAUACGAAGAGAUCAGACCACUGGAGAUCAAUCAACUUGUGGAAGUCUGUGAUUGUUGCUACACCAAGCAACAAGUAUUUGCAAAAGAGGGUGAUAUAUUAAACACACUCCACUAUCGACUUUGCGUUCCCACGUCACUGACGUUUCUUCUUCGGUCUCUGAAGGUGGCCAAGGCAAACCGAAAGAUGGCUCACAUGUCCAUGUUUAUCUUGGAAGGGACACUGGGGUGCUACAAUCUACUUCAUUACUUGCCGAGCCAAAUGGCCGCGGCAUCCAUCUAUAUUGCCCGAUCAACACUUUUAAUAGAUCAACCAGCCUGGACAAAGUUGUUAGAAGAAUACACCGGAUUCUCAAAGAAAGACGUCUUGCCAGUUGCCAAGGCGAUGUUGACGGAGUCGAAUGCAAAUGUAAACGUGAAAUUACAGGCAGUCCGGAAGAAAUAUAGCACGGUGGAAUACAGCAGCGUUGCACUAAUCCCUCUCAGAGGAAAGUGA